UCAGAAGCUGAGGGCGGUGCAGCCUGAACAGGGACUGUCAAGCAAGGCACGUCGGUCUUGGUUUCAGUAUUCCGCCCCUGCGCUAUACCCUUGCUAUGGCAGCUCCGUCGCAACUGCAGGGUCUACUCCUGGCCGUCAACAUUCUGCUGCGCAAGCGCCGCUACCACGCGGCGUUGGCGGCGCUUAAAGGCUUCCGGAACGGGGCUGUCUAUGGAGCCAAAAUCCGGGCCCCUCAUGCACUGGUCAUGACCUUUCUCUUUCGGAGUGGCAGCCUCCGAGAGAAGCUCCGGGCCAUCCUGCAGGCCACGUAUACCCACUCUUCUAACCUGGCCCGCUUCGUGUUCGCCUACAAGGGGCUCUGUGCCCUGCAGUCCCGUGUGCAGGGCAAGACCUACCAGGUGCACUCAUUCCUGGCCGCCUUCUUUGGGGCCUUGCUGGUGUUUGGAGAUAACAAUAAUAUCAACAGCCAGAUCACCAUGUACCUGUUGUCACGCCUCCUGUUUGCCCUGUGCCGCCUGGGAGUGGAGAAGGGCUACAUUCCUGAACCUAAGUGGGACCCAUUCCCACUGUUCACCGCAGUAAUGUGGGGGCUGGUGCUGUGGCUCUUCGAGUACCACCGGUCCACACUGCAGCCCUCGCUGCAGUCCUCCAUGACUUACUUGUAUGAGGACAGCAAUGUGUGGCACGACAUCUCAGAUUUCCUCAUCUACAACAAGAGACGUCCCUCAAAGUAACGCAGCCCCGAAGUGCUUAUGAGGGCUUCUACCGGAGUAGGCUCUAGGUGGUGUCCAUGAGUGAAAUCUCCCAGAGGAUCCUGCUUUCUCAAGAUCAUGGCUCUUAGACUCUAACUUCUAGUAUCCCAGGGUUCCAUUGUCCAAAGCAAAAGCACCGAUUUUCAAA